AAACCGGUGCCAUAUUUGAGAAAAAAAACCCGAGUUAGGUUAUUCGUGCGUUUUUCUUUUUCAAUUCCUUUUCCUUUGUAACUUGCUUCUCCUUUCUCCUUCUACCUUUCCCCAUUUUCCUCUUGACUCCACUACUUCCACCACUACACACCCCUUCCACCGCCACCACACUCUAUCUUCAUUCUUCACGGCAUCAAGGCGAUGUGACGGUGGUCGCGAUUGGUUGUUGGAUUUUUAGAGUUUCAGGUGGCAAUUUGGUUGAGUUUUUGUUAUUUUAGUUUUGAAAUUAGGGCUUUGGUUGAUUGUGGUUAUGGGUAUCCGAUUUUUAGUUGUUUUUAGAUGGAUUUUUGGUUGUUUUUAGAUGGAUUUGUUGUGGGAUGCAAUUCCUUGGUAUUUUUGUUGUGGUUUUGAAUACCUGAUUGGUUGAACUCUUUACUUUGGUCUACGCCUUGUCCUUCUUCGUUUGCUACCACCAUCUCUCUCCUCUGCCCAUCGUCCGCCCUCCGUCGCCGGUUCGACCUCCAUCCCCACCUCCUCCGCCGCCGGACUCCAAUGGCACUUCCACUUCCUCUGCUUCUCCUUCUCCUUCUCCUACCCCCGAGGAGAUCUCUCGCCAUGCUCAGCUCUCACUCGAGUUGUCAAAGAAGAUCAUCAACAUCAGAGUAAUCAGGAGGUUAGCAUCCAUGGGUCUUCCUAACGCUCCUGCCAUCCGCUCCACUGCCUAGAAGCUUCUACUUGGGUAUUUGCCCAGUGAUCGAGCAAUGUGGCCCUCUGAAUUAGCCAACAAGAGGUCUCAAUACAACCAUUUCAAGGAUGACCUCUUGAUGUCUCCCGUUCUUGCUGAAAAAGCUUAUCUUGUGGGUGUGGAGCAAAAAGGUAUUAAAGUGGAUUCUUUUGGAAUAGAAGAAUCUCUUAAAGAAUUGGCUCAACUAGCUGACACAGCAGGUCUUCAGGUUGUUGGCUCUACCUAUCAAAAGCUUGCUGCUCCAAAUCCAAGAACAUAUAUUGGCUCAGGAAAGGUUUUUGAGAUCAAGAGUGCAAUUCAUGCAUUUGAUGUUAAAACAGUGAUAUUUGAUGAUGACCUCUCACCAGGGUAAGAAUGAAACACUUUUUUAUUCAGAAACUGACAGUUGGUGUACAUGCAUUGUCUAGCUAUCAACAUUUCACUAGUAGAAAAAUUAAAAUAGGCACCCCUCCUUUAACACCAGUUCGUAUUUGGUUAUGAAUCUAAAUGUCGUAUGAUAUAUGAAAGGAAUGGUGUCCUUCUA